CAGAUAUUUAUUCAACAGUGUUUGUGAAGAUAGUCGGAGUUGAAGCGGUAGAUGAGAAAUUCAAUCGGGUUUGAUUAAAAUUUAUGUGCAAAGGACUAAUAUUUCUAAAUGAUAGCAAACACUUAACAAAUCUAAGUAAAUAGGCGGAAAGUUGGUGUUAUAAUUGGAUAUAUAGGUAAAAACACUGCGAUAAAAUCGAAAAAAAAACGGAGUGGAUAACAAAGUAUAAUAGAAAAAUAGAAACUACCACAAGACGGAGAGAAAAUAGAUAAUAUCUGCUUCUUAACUUCCUGAGAUUGUAUAAAAAUUGGUAAGACGCUAUCGACGUCGCUUACCAAUGUUUUCUUUCGUACAAAUGAACUUCAGCGCUUUAUCAGUACUACUGUCAAGAGUGUGGACAUGCAUCUGUUUUAUGUUCAACAGACAAGUUCGCUCGAUUGUUCAAUAUCAACCAGUUAAAUAUGAACUCUUCCCAUUAUCACCGGUGUCCAGACAUCGCCUUAGUAUAGUGCAACGGAAAACACUUGUGUUAGAUCUGGAUGAAACGCUUAUACAUUCACACCACAGUGCGAUGUCACGAAAUACCGUGAAGCCUGGUACACCUCAUGACUUCACGGUAAAAGUAAUUAUUGACCAUCAUCCAGUUCGCUUUUUCGUUCAUAAACGGCCUCAUGUAGACUAUUUUUUGGAUGUGGUUUCACAAUGGUAUGACCUAGUUAUAUUUACAGCCAGUAUGGAGAUUUAUGGCGCUGCAGUUGCUGAUAAACUGGACAACGGACGUAAUAUUUUGCGUCGGCGUUAUUAUCGUCAGCAUUGCACACCUGAUUUCAGCUCUUACACCAAAGAUUUAUCUGCUAUCUGCAGUGAUUUGAAUAGAAUAUUUAUAAUUGACAAUUCACCUGGCGCAUAUCGUUGCUUUCCUAAUAACGCGAUACCUAUAAGGAGUUGGUUCUCCGAUCCAAUGGAUGUUGCGCUGCUAUCACUUCUUCCAAUGCUGGACGCUUUGCGGUUUACAAAAGACGUGCGUUCAGUUUUGUCAAGAAAUUUACAUUUGCAUCGUUUAUGGUAGCAGUUUUACAGAUUAAAAAUUUGGUGCUGUGACGCUUAAACGAGUUUUUAGUUUGUUUUAUAUAUUAAGCAUUAUUAAUGAAAAGAAUCCAAUUCAAUACACCAACACUAGUUUUGACACACAUACAUAAACAACAUACAUAAAGACCUAAAACAUAUUCUCAAUCUUUUUCUCUCCUUGAUAUCUUCCACCCCAGCCUGACUUUCUAUAUUCGCAUUUUAAGCGAAAUUAGGAAAACUGUUUACCAUUUGAUAAAUUCGCUGGAUAUAUAUUUAAUAAAUAAAAUACAUAUAUAAUUUGCUAGAGGAUUAUUUAAUUUUAUGUGUAUUGUAAUAAAUAUGUGUUUUGACUAAAAAAAAAAAUUAUUUAUUGGAAACAAAAACAUAAAUGAAAUAGUUUAAGUACUAACCAAGUGUUAUUUCAUAAAUGAUAUAUGGAAAACUUAUUGAAAUGAAUUGUUUGCUUUGUGUAUUAUAGAUGAGCAUUGAAAAUUAUAAUGUAUAAUUUGUAGCAUUUAAAGACAGCGCAACCGAACCUAUUUUAAUUACUGAAUAUGUUAUUCAAUUAAGAAAAAUUAAAUAUCAAAAGGAUGUAACAACAACAACAACGGCCAUGUACAAGUACAAUAAGUGCUUACUUAUGUAUAACACACACAUUCAGACACACUUAAGCAUGAGAAAAGGUUUGAAAUUUGUUUCUUCCUCUUGAUAUUAUGUUUUCAUUUAACAAAAUAAAAUUAACAUCAACAAUGUCUGACAAUUAAAAAAAAAUCUAUUAAUAAGAACAAACUGACUCAGUUAUCAUUUAGAAUUAACUCUGUGUCCACAAAAAAGUAAAGAGUAGCUUGUAAGUUUGUAGUAAGUUUGAAGUAUAUAUAGAACAGAAUAUUGAAGCGAUCAUCUAUCAAGGAUAGUCUACCAGCUAUGGAAUGUUAUAUUUAUUUAAGCAAAAGCGUAUUUGUUUAUAUUUUGAAUUGUAUGUAAAUUAAAAGUAUUUUUACCAUUUUUUCUUUUGUGAAAUGGCGAAAAUCUGGAUAUUGUUGAUUAAUAAUUGCUGCUCACCUUUUGUGCGAAAAAGUUAACUUGCCACGGUAAAAAAUACAUAAAUUUAUGCCAAUAAAAUUUCGGCUCCUUGUUCGAUUUUUCAUAUUUAUAUUAAUUUAAACCUUUUAAACAUAGGUUGAGGCUAAUACAUAUGAAUGUAUAUGAUUAUAUGUAGUUGUAGUUAUUCAACCAUAAAACCUAUGUAUUUUUAGAAAAGUAUAAUUUUGUAUUAUUAUUUUUUUUAUAAUCUGCUUAAAUUUAUAAUAAAUGAUUGGAGUGAGGAUGUGCUAACUCGUAAAAGGCA